CGGUAUCUCUGGUUUGUGUACGUUAUUUACAGUAAACCGCUGAGCUUGUAGAGCUGUGAACAGCAGGGGGCGCUCCGUGAAAAUUGGGUUAAUCCACGAAGAAGAACAAGACGAGAGCGACGAGAGAGAGGGAGGGGAAAUUGUUUUGGUCCAAAGCGCAUGCGCAUUGUGCCAACAGUCUGUUCACGCGGGUGUUCAGUGCUAGCCGAUUAGCUGCACUAAAGUCGGUUAAACUCCGGCAAACUCAGACAGUCUUCGUGCAGCCGUUGGUCUCAGGUAAAGCGUGGCAGUUUCCCAUGAGCCCCGUUUGUUUCCGGUGUGAAAAAAGAAAUUUGGCGGUGUUUUUUCCGCGGUUUAAUCCGCCAACGAACCGCUGCUAGUUCGGACAUAACACGAAGCUAACGUCAGCAUCAACGGAAGCUUUAAACGGCCCGGCUGCUCAGGUCCUUCCUUGCUGAGCUGUAACGUCUAAGAGGAGGAGGAAGAUGUCUCCGGUGUCAGAGGUUGAGGGCUCGGACGUAGGGGGGCGGGGCCAGGAGACUACGCUGUCCAAAGAAGACUGUCUGUGUCCCGUCUGCCUCGAGAUCUUCAUGGAGCCCGUCACACUGCCCUGCACACACACCUUCUGCAAGGUGUGCUUCCUGGAGUCGGUGGAUAAAGCCACGCUGUGCUGUCCCAUGUGCAGGAAGAGGGUUUCCACCUGGGCUAGGUUACACAGCAGGAACAACACGCUAGUGAACGAGACACUGUGGAGGCGGAUCCAAACCUGCUUCCCCCGACAGUGCGAGCAUCGCCUCAGCGGGCAGGGUGAGGCUGAGGACCCCCACUCAGCAUUGGUGUGUUUCCGCAGAGUUAGUGAACCUGGAGAGCUGAGGCAAGAGUACGAGGACCAGAUCACCAAACUGACCGAGGAGAAGCGGGAGCUGCAGGAGGAGGAGAGGAAGGCCAGUGAGGAGUACAUCCAGAGGCUGCUGGCUGAGGAAGAGCAGCUGCUGCGGGAUGAGAGGAAGAGGAGGGACGAAGACGAGCGGCUGGCCAGACUGCUCAGUGAUCAGCUGAACCCUCCUCCUCUCGAGGACACGGGUCAUGUUGCUGUGACACCACUGAAGAAGAAGAAGGCGGCCUCUGUGGGACACAUCGAGAAGUUCCUGUGCCCCCGAGUGGCUCCGCCCAGCUCCACCUGUAGCUCCGCUUCCAGCCUUGUGUCCAACAAGGAGAACAUCCUCAUUUCAGAGGCAGCGCUACCGGCAGAACGAAGACCACCUCAGCUGGAUUAUUAUGGGCCUGAGACCGAGCUCCGCCCACCCGAGGAGGUGGCCGAGCGUCAACCAGGGAGUCAGGCAAUCAGAGACGGAGGAUGUUCAUCAGUGAAGAGGAAGAGCUCGGAGCUGGAGGCCACAGAGGAGGCGACAGCAGACACCAAGCGAGUCUCUGCCCAUUUCCUUGGCUCCUCUUCCUUCUCCUUGCUGGAAGCGGCCGAACAGGAGCUACAGGAGAGGAGGAGGCAGGAGGAGGAGGACCGACGGCUCGCUUUCAUCCUGCAGAAGCAGCUCGACCAGGAGGAGAAACGGCGUGCCACUGACAGAAGCAAAGGCUCCACAGACGCCUACCAGCUCCGCCUACACCGACGAGUCGAGGAAGAGGAGGACCGCACUUCCAUCAUGCCAGGAAGACCCUCCAGGAGAACACCAAAGAACUGCACCGCCAAGCCCUCUGCCUCCUCCUCCUCCUCCUCCUCAGGGAAGGGGAGCAAACAGACUCUUCUGACUGAGAUGUUCUCCACCCUCAGCAGCUGAGGUGUCCUCUUCCUCCUCCCCCCCUUCCUGCAGGAGCAUGAAUAAAUUGAGCUGUCAACCUGAGCGCUGUUGUUACUUUAAAACACAUCCUGACCAGAAGUUUGUGGACACGCCGCUGCCUCUUACCUGUGAGUCGUCAUGGUGAGCGCACGGCGGUCCACAGAUUUGAUGGCAGUGAACGUCCACUGAGUUCAUGUGUUUUACUUUGAAAAGUUCUGCUGGAGAAUGACUUCAUGCCUCUCACGUCAUUCAGCUGGAAUGCUUCUUUCUCAUUGGUGGAAGCGCUGGCGAGGACUCAGUGCCGUCAGGUUAUUUUUACCCGUUUGCCAGGUGACACUGAGUCACCAUUAUAUUUCCGGCCCCAGCUUCUGUGACUCCGCCCAGAGCCCCGUCCACAUCUGGUUAACGUGUUGAUGAUUUGUCAGGUGGUGUGUGAAUGUGUCUCCUUAGUGUUGUUGCUGAUGUCGCUGGUGUCACAUGAUAGAAUGUGAGGAAUUGUGGGAUACGAUGCAUGCUGACUGCAGUGGGUCAUGUGACGCUACAUCUGAUUUAUUUUUAUGGUUUGAAUGUUGAAAGUGGGAGUUUCUGUUUGUCCCAGGGUCACCUGAAUGCAGCACUCACCCGUUUAAGCGGCACAUGGCCGCGCCAUACAGUGGGAGGGGUUAAAGAGGCUGCCGUUUCAACCUGUUUGUCAUUUGUUUUUCUGAGAAAUAAACCAUCGACAUCAUUA